CCGGCAACGAGCGCAUCACAACAUAGCACAAACACCGCAACCGUGUCGAGGAAUAUAACAUGAACAUCCGAAUUCCGAUUCGGCUGCCUUGCAACUUUCUUCUACUUCUUUUGGCAAAACAAAGACCAUCGUCGGCCUUUACGUUCCAAAACAGCAAUCACUCCGCCACUACGAAUUUUGUCGGCAUUAACAACGCGGAAAAGCCAUUUUUUCAGAACACAAACCAAAUUAUUAGCAGGAACAGUAGUAGCAGAAGAUUCUCAUCCGAUAGUAGCAUGUCAUCAUCGUCGUCGUCUCCGCCACAGUGCGGGGUGGACUACCCCGAACUGGUCGUCUUCGAUCUGGAUGCGUGUUUUUGGGACCAAGAAAUGUACGAAAUGCCCGCCCUCCCGUCCAAAACCGUGUCAGGAAUCCUUGGCGAUUCGGGACAGGAAGGAGUAACUGGAGCCUACUCGGGCCGGAACAAGAUCUCCAUGCACCCCGGAAGCAUGGUGGCCCUCCAGGAACACGCCAGGGGAGAUGUUUAUCCCGGAAUGAAGGUGUGUUUUGCCUCGUCGGCCGACACCCCCUUUGCCGAGAAAAUCGGCCGGGCUACCCUGAAAUUGCUCGAGGUUCUUCCCGGGCUGACGGUGUGGGAUCUAGUGCUUAAAGAUUGGGACGGCAAAGACGUCAACCAGGUGCGUAGCAGAAACUGAAGCUUCGCGCUUUACGCCAGAAAAACGACAAUGAUAGGCGUCAAUGGCACACAACUAGUAGCCCCCCAAGGGGAUGGCUAGUGUCGUGGACCAGAGACGGAGAGAAAAUAGCGGAGCAGGAACAAGCAUCCUGUUUGUCACAGAGACUAAGCAUGGUCGUAUGCUCACCAUUUUCCACACUUGUGCGGUUAUGUUCUUGUACUUGCGAAACAUGGUUACGAACCAAUGCACUGAUUGCUUCGACGCAAACAAACCAUGAAACAAACUACGAACCGGCCGAUAAAAUCGUUUUGAUGUAGCAGAUCGGACGGCAGCCACCAUUGAGCAGGUAUGUACGGGUACCAUGAGCAAUUCAUUUGCACUUUUGCUAAUUUAAUUCCACUCCAACUCGUGAACUUAUUUCUGAGAGAAAGUGAAAGGAAGUCAUCCCACCAACCCAUCUUUUGCAUUUGUUCCUAUACUUUUCACAUAUUUUGAUCUGGAAACAUAUCAUUGUCGUUCAUCCCAUUCCCCCAUGUGCGUUCUCUUCUUGCACCCAAUGAUAUCGGCGUGAUCUGCCGCACCGCAAUGAUAUCGAAAUAACCAACAAACGUCUAAUACUACUGUUACAACGCAAAGCAACAAGGCCCAGACACAUUUCCCCUUCAUUCGAAAACUCACGGGCAUUCCCUAUGACAAGAUGCUCUUUUUUGACGAUUGCAACUGGGGCGAUCACGUGGGCAUGGUUGGUCGUGGUUGUACAGAGGAGAGCACCAGCAGAGGAGUUGUCGGCCACCGGACACCCAGUGGACUCACGAUCAAGGAUUGGUACAGGGGGCUGGAGCUCUAUCGCGAGGCACAACAGCAGUAGUGAAAUGAAGUCCAGAAAAUAAAUUGCAUUGUGACUCGAUCGAAUACACUCGGCGCUCUGGUGAAGUGAUCAUACUGUACAUAUUGAGGUACUUGGCACAUCCCAAUCACCAUACGGAAAAAGUAGAAAGAGUGCGGCAGUUCAAUUCAUAUAGUAUAUG